AUGAGCAGUUGCAUUAUUCACAACGUACAUAUUAUACGGUCUCACGCCCUGAAGUUUGCCACACUUCAGCUUCUGACGGAGACUCAGCUUGCCAUGGAAAGGAUUGGCAGGGGGAUCUUAAGGAUUUCAAGGACGAGGAGGAGGAAAAUGUUCAUGUUGAAUGCGUGGAGAGUUCUACGGCAGUUGCUGCUGAAGAAGCGUCGCUUGCUUCUCAAUCAAAUGAUGCUGUACUGCGCUCAGUUCCUUUGGAUUAUUCUCUGCACUCUGCUCCUUUGGAUUAUUCUCUGCACUCAGUUCCUUUGGACUAUUCUCGAGUGCAAAGGGAAGGUGGGGGCCCCGAGGCGCUGCCGUUGGCACCCUCGAAAACCCACGGAGAGUGCGAAGUUGACCAGCGUAAAGAUAACUGUGCUUCUCCUUCCCGGCUCUGUUCAGAUGAGUUGCAGAGCAAUCGAUCUGAGUGUCAAGCUGCCAGGGACUGGGCCCGCGCCAAUGGCGAUGCAGUUGCUCUUUGGCGGGAAUUCGAACGGCUCCCCAAAGAUGAGUUUCAUGCUCGGAUCGAGGCGCUCAAGGCAUGCAAACUUCGAAUGGGAAUUGAGAGUCCCGAGGAGGCGCCGAGUCCAGAGAGGGAUGCUGGCCGUGGGGAAGGCCAGAGGCACCGCAGAAACAGGAGGCGGGCAAGGGCGAAGGCUCAGGCAGUUCUAA